CACCCGCUGGAGAGCCGCGCGGGUGGCAGGAGGGAGCGACCGCCGCCUCCCGUACUCACCGGUUCUCGGUGCCGUCACUUCUGCGCGGAAAGGCCUGGUCUGAGGCCAGGUCUUCGGAGUCAGCUCCCGGGAGGCCGCGACGUUCGAUUUCUCCCCUCCCCCCCUCCACCACGAGACCGCCAACCGGCGUCCCGGCUUCCGUAGGCGGACGGCUUGGUGGCCCCGGAUGUUGAUAUGCCGCCUGCCCCGGAAACAGUGGCGGGAGUCCCAAGGGGGCGGAGGUGGCGUUGCCCGGCUCUCCGGAAGGAGACGUGGCGGCAGUUGGGCCCCGGGCUGCCUGGGUGCUUAGUAGUCCCGCCGCCUCCUCCUCCUCCUCCCCCUCCUCUCCUCUAUGGGCAGAGGAGGUUGUGGCGGUGGCUGGAGAAAUCGGCAGCGGAGGAUGGAGGAAGGAGGAGGCGGCGCGCGUAGUCUGGUCCCAGGCGGGCCGGUGUUAUUGGUCCUCUGCGGCCUCCUAGAGGCGUCCGGUGGCGGCCGAGCGCUCCCCCAGCUCAGCGAUGACAUCCCUUUCCGAGUCAACUGGCCCGGCACCGAGUUCUCUCUGCCUACAACUGGAGUUUUGUAUAAAGAAGAUAAUUAUGUCAUCAUGACAACUACACAUAAAGAAAAAUAUAAAUGCAUUCUGCCCCUUGUGACAAGUGGGGAUGAGGAAGAAGAAAAGGAUUAUAAAGGCCCUAAUCCAAGAGAGCUAUUGGAGCCACUAUUUAAACAAAGCAGUUGUUCCUACAGAAUUGAGUCUUACUGGACUUAUGAAGUAUGUCAUGGAAAACACAUUCGACAAUACCAUGAAGAGAAAGAAAGUGGUCAGAAAGUAAAUAUUCACGAGUACUACCUUGGGAAUAUGUUGGCUAAGAACCUUCUAUCUGAAAAAGAUGAAGAGGCAGAUGAAAACGAAAAAUCAAAAGAGAUUCCCACUAAAAAUAUCGAAGGUCAGAUGACACCCUACUAUCCUGUGGGAAUGGGAAAUGGUACACCUUGUAGUUUGAAACAGAACCGGCCCAGAUCAAGUACGGUGAUGUACAUAUGUCAUCCUGAAUCUAAGCAUGAAAUUCUUUCAGUAGCUGAAGUUACAACUUGUGAAUAUGAAGUUGUCAUUUUGACACCACUUUUGUGCAAUCAUCCUAAAUAUAGAUUCAGAGCGUCCCCUGUGAAUGACAUAUUUUGCCAGUCACUGCCAGGAUCACCAUUUAAACCCCUCACCCUGAGGCAAUUGGAACAGCAGGAAGAAAUACUAAGGGUGCCUUUCAGGAGAAAUAAAGAGGAAGAGUUGCAAUCAACUAAAGAAGAGAGAUUUCCAGCAAUCCACAAACCCAUUGCUGUUGGUUCUCAGCCUAUGCUCACUGUUGGAACAACCCACAUAUCCAAAUUGACAGAUGACCAACUCAUAAAAGAGUUCCUUAGUGGUUCUUACUGCUUUCAUGGGGGUGUUGGUUGGUGGAAAUAUGAAUUCUGCUAUGGCAAACAUGUACAUCAAUAUCAUGAGGUAUAUUACCCUGAAUUAACGAAGUUUAGGUUAAUAAAACGUGUGUUUCUCUGGUUUAGGAUGGUGUCACAUUUUUAUGGGAAUGGAGAUAUUUGUGAUAUAACUGACAAACCAAGACAGGUCACUGUAAAACUAAAGUGUAAAGAAUCAGAUUCUCCUCAUGCUGUUACUGUAUAUAUGCUAGAGCCUCACUCCUGUCAGUAUAUCCUUGGGGUUGAAUCUCCAGUGAUCUGUAAAAUCUUAGAUACAGCAGAUGAAAAUGGACUUCUUUCUCUCCCCAACUAAUGGAUAAUAAAGUUUGGGGAAAGAAAAAAUCAUUGACAGUCAUGAUUUCUGUCUGACCAUGUGUCUCACUGUAGAGUUCCCAGCCGUUGAACCUCAUCUGAAGGAUCGUAUAAAAGGACUCUCAACCACUUUGUGAAUAUGUAUGUGUAUAUAAGAGGUUAUUGAUAAACUUCUAAGGCAGAUAAUUGUCUCACUUCUUUCAUUUCUCUUGUGUCCCAUGAACUGAUUGUGUUUUUUGCUUGGAUAAUGUGAUUCCAAAAUAAAUCUAAUCCAAGCAAUUUAGAGUCCAGCCUAAUGAAAUGUCAUAAUUGUACCUAUUGGAAGUUUUUAAUAGAUUUAUUAUGUAAAUUAUAGUAUAUAUAACUAGUUAAUGAAGUAAAGAUAAUGAAGAAGGAAACUGAUAGGAGGUUGUUUAAAUGGGAGACCAUGUAAAAUAUGUAAAUUCUAGUGCCUGAAAUCCUUUCAACAAAUUUUUAUUUAGCAACUGCUCUCUACCAGGUGUUAAGCUAGAAACUGGGCACAUGGUAGAGCCUCACAACAUUUAAGUUUUCUUCACUUCUGUUAAUCUCAAGAAACUCUUACUUGUAAUAGGUAGUUUCUCUCUUGGAACUUUUAUCUAUUUCUUUCUCCUUGAUGUGAAUGUGUUUUCCCCCAAGGUGUGUACCUGCUGUAGACAGAGAUUCCUCUCUCUUGACUUAGAAUGGUUUACUCCAACAAAACACUGUGCUGCAGCCAUUCUUUGUACCUCCCUACUGUAUACUACAGAUUUUAGUUCUGGGCAGUUUUACAGCACAGUAUUUAUUUUAAAGUGAAUAAAAUGUUCACAAGCAGUGUUGUCAUGUA